AUGACGGAAAUUAACGUCGUACUUCGGCUGCUCAACGAAUACCUUCCAGCCUAUAAUUCUGACUCCGUGCUCAAAACCUCCCGCGGCCACAUUCGUGAACGUCUGGUCACGCUCUUCUCGGACUCGGAGAACUUUCGCCUUAAGACAGCAGAGUCUCGACAGGCUGAAGGUAAAACUGUGCAUUACGAGUAG